UCGCGCCCCGGGCCGUCCCACCCCCUCCUCCCGCCGCGGAUCCGCCAGACAGCGAGGCCCCCGGCCGGGGGCAGGGGGGACGCCCCCUCCGGGGCACCCCCCGGCUCGGAGCCGCCCGCGGGCCGGCCUCGGCCGGGAGCGGAGGAAGGAGCCGCCGCGGAGCAGCCCGAGGCCCCAGAGUCUGAGACGAGCCGCCGCCGCCCCCGCCGCCGCCGCCGCCACUGCGGGGAGGAGGGGGAGGAGGAGCGGGAGGAGGGACGAGCUGGUUGGGAGAAGAGGAAAAAAAGUUUUGAGACUUUUCCGCUGCCGCUGGGAGCCGGAGGCGCGGGGACCGAUUGGCGCGGCGCUGCCCCGCCAGGAGGCAGGACUUGGGGACCCCAGACCGCCCCCACCGCCGCCUCGGACGCUUGCUCCCUCCCUGCCCCCUCCACGGCGCCCCCCCCGGCGCCCCCAUUCCGGACCAGCCCUCAGGAGCCGCCAACCCGGACUCCCGCGAAGACUUGACCCCAGACCUCGGGCGCACCCCCCUGCACGCCGCUCCCCCACCCCCAGCCUCUCUCCUGAGCCCCCGCGCAUCCAAGGACCCUUCUCCGGGAUCCGGGAGACGGGACCUCUCUCGGACCUGCCUCAACCCCCCUGCUCAGGACCACCCACCUCUGGUACCAGAUCUCGCCCAUCUCGGUUUUUUCCUUGGGAUACCGAGAAACCGCCCAUCAGAGCCUCCCCUCCACCUCCGCUCCGUUCUCGCUGAGGGCUUCAACUACCCCACCCCCAACCCCGACCCUCCUACCUUUCUUCGGGAGACCCCCCAGCCCCUGUAGGGGCGGGGCCUCCCUUUUCCCUCCCCAGCCCCGCUCGCGCUCUCGGCAGUGCCGGGGGCGCCGCCUCCCCCAUGCCGCCCUCCGGGCUGCGGCUGCUGCCGCUGCUGCUGCCGCUGCUGCGGCUACUAGUGCUGACGCCUGGCCGGCCGGCCGCCGGACUGUCCACCUGCAAGACCAUCGACAUGGAACUGGUGAAGCGGAAGCGCAUCGAGGCCAUCCGCGGCCAGAUCCUGUCCAAGCUGCGGCUCGCCAGCCCCCCGAGCCAGGGGGAGGUGCCGCCCGGGCCGCUGCCCGAGGCCGUGCUGGCCCUCUACAACAGCACCCGCGACCGGGUGGCGGGGGAGAGCGCCGAGCCGGAGCCCGAGCCCGAGGCGGACUACUACGCCAAGGAGGUCACCCGCGUGCUAAUGGUGGAAAACACCAACAAAAUCUAUGAGAAAGUCAAGAAAAGUCCGCACAGCAUAUAUAUGCUCUUCAACACAUCAGAGCUCCGAGAAGCAGUGCCUGAGCCCGUCUUGCUCUCCCGGGCAGAGUUGCGCCUGCUGAGGCUCAAGUUAAAAGCGGAGCAGCAUGUGGAGCUGUACCAGAAAUAUAGCAAUGAUUCCUGGCGCUACCUCAGCAACCGGCUGCUGGCGCCCAGCGACACGCCAGAAUGGCUGUCCUUUGAUGUCACUGGAGUCGUGAGGCAGUGGCUGAGCCAUGGAGGGGAAGUCGAGGGCUUUCGCCUCAGUGCCCACUGUUCCUGUGACAGCAAAGAUAACACACUGCAAGUAGACAUUAACGCAGGGUUCAGUUCCAGCCGCCGAGGUGACCUGGCCACCAUUCAUGGCAUGAACCGACCCUUCCUGCUCCUCAUGGCCACCCCACUGGAGAGGGCCCAGCACCUGCACAGCUCCCGGCAGCGCCGGGCCCUGGACACCAACUACUGCUUCAGCUCCACGGAGAAGAACUGCUGCGUCCGGCAGCUCUACAUUGACUUCCGCAAGGAUCUGGGCUGGAAGUGGAUCCAUGAGCCCAAGGGUUACCACGCUAACUUCUGCCUGGGGCCCUGCCCCUACAUUUGGAGCCUGGACACGCAGUACAGCAAGGUCCUGGCCCUGUACAACCAGCACAACCCGGGCGCGUCGGCGGCGCCGUGCUGCGUGCCGCAGGCGCUGGAGCCACUGCCCAUCGUGUACUACGUGGGCCGCAAGCCCAAGGUGGAGCAGCUGUCGAACAUGAUCGUGCGCUCCUGCAAGUGCAGCUGAGGCCCCGCCCCGUCCGGCAGGCCCCGCCCACCGGCAGGCCCGGCCCCGCCCCCGCCCGCUGCGCCGGGCUGUAUUUAAGGACACCGCGCCCCAGGCAUCCCCCCCCAUCCCCGGGGUCCAUUAAAGGUGGAGAGAGGACUGGGGUCUCUGUGUGUCGUUGGGUCCCUGACUGGGUCCCCCUCCCGACAUUCCCGACGUUCCCGGCUUCCCGCUCCAUCUGCCCCCUCGUGUAGCUCUCAUUCGUUUCCUCCCACCGACACCUGCGGAGCACUCGCUAAGCUCCAAGUACUCCCCGGUGGACGCUAGAUUUAUUUAUUGAGCACUUAGUGCUCGGUUCCAAAUGUUUUAAAUUGAUUAACACAUUGAUCACAGUAACAAAGCUCUGAGAUGCUGUGUUAUGUGAGAUAACAUUCAGUGUAAAGGUGAGGAAGCCAGAGCCCAGAGAGAUUAAGGGAAUAGGUCCUGCCCACCUGGAACCUACUUUCUGGGAAGUAGAUCUGGAAAGCGACACUAAGACAGGAAAGCAGGAUAGACUGAGAGGAGGAGGGAGAACUCCUUGGAGGAGGUAAGCAUUUGGGACUUGAAGGAAGUCAAAAAGGCAGUCUGGGGGGAGCCCUGAGGGAGUGUGUUCUUGGUAGGAAGACCUAGGCAGAGCUUGGCCAUGAGGAUGAAGUUGGAGUGAGCAACACUAGGAGGAAAGGCCAAUGUGGUUGGAGGGGAGGGACAAGGGGAAGGGUGUUGGGUGCUGAGUCAGUUGAUAAAUGAUCAAGCGGCAGAGAGUGAUAAUAGUCCCCCUGCCAGGUACGGGUGUAGGAGCUCCCCUAUUCUUCCCACAGCCCAGCAGAGCAGGGGUUGGCAAAUUACUACCUGCAGGCCAAUUCUGGCCUGCUGCCUAUGUCUGUAAAUAAAGUUUUAUUGGAGCACA